AUGAUCACGCGCUUCAUCACCGAGGUGAACACCAAGUUCAACCCCUUCUCCAUACGCUCGCGGGCCACGAGGCUAUUCCUCAGCGUCCUCCCUCCCAAUGCGCGACAGAACGGUAUGCAGAUAAACACAACUAUCUUACCGCGAACAUCUACUAUACCAGCUACCCUAAAGGUCAAAUUCAAGGAUGGGAAGGAGAUGACCUUGGAUGGCGAGCAGUUGGGUAUCAAGGGCAUAAUCGAAGAAGUCGAUAGACAUUCGCGAGCCUUACAAAAACAGUCAGACUUAACAGAUGGUUAA